AUGGCCCAGGAGCGCGAGUUCUACAAAUACUGCCAGCUCCCCCAGCGCCCUGGCCUCCUCGAUCGUCCCCCGGUCUCUCCUCGCACCGAAGCCAACGUCGAGCUCCUCCCCCAGUCGUCGCAGGAUACCACCCUCACAGCCCUCGCUCAGCUGGGUGCCCUCCGUCUCAAUGUCCAACGAUGCAUGAUCUCGCUCUUCGACCGUCGCACCCAGUACAUCCUGACCGAGGCCACCCGAACUCUCAGCCUACAAGAUGACCGCGUCCACCUCGACGGCGAUGCCCUGUGGCUGGGAAGCAGUGUUAUUCGCAAGGAGGAUGGAAUCUGUCACUUCUGCUGUCAGGACUCGGUUCUCAACGCCAGGCAGUGCGAGACUGACGCGCCGUGCGCCUUUGUCGUCCCCGAUCUGACCAAGGACGAUCGCUUCAAUCAGCGACAGUACGUUGUCAAGGCGCCCCAUUUGAGGUUCUUUGCCGGUGUCCCCAUCCGCAGCCGCCGGGGUAUUGCCAUCGGAGCGUUUAGUGUCAGUGAUGGGAAGACGCGACCGGGCGGACUCUCCCCGCUGGAGGUCCGCUUCAUGGCCGACACUGCGGCCGCCAUCAUGAACCAUCUUGAGAUGGUGCGAUCGCACGAACAGAACCGGCGCGGGGCAAACAUGAUUGCUGGACUGGGUAACUUUGUCGAGGGAGGGAUCUUUCCGUCCAGCAGUAUCCGCCGCAAGAGCCGUCUCAAUGUCGAGGUUGACAAUGAGGAGGCUGAGGACAAGGAAGAACCGCUGCGGAAUAGCGCCCUGCUCUCUCGUCAUUCUCAGCCUCGGUCGGAACUCGCGGUAAAGGAUCGCAUUACCAGAGAAAAGUCCCCAGCUCCGUCCGAAUCCAAGGAGCUGACACCACCCUACGCCCCGUCCACCCCCAAACGCAAGCGCGAGAACGAAGUGACCCUGACUUCUGGCACUCGCGAGAUCUUCGGCCGUGCCGCCCGCAUCCUCCAGCAAUCGCUCGAUGUUCAAGGGGUGGCAUUUUACGACGCCAGCGUCAAGUCCUACGCUGGACUAGUCCGCAACACCGACGACCGACCCUCCGAUGGCGAAAGCAGCAGUGGUUCCAGCGAAGCACCCGAAGCCAGUGCCAGCGACAGCGAUAACCCGGCCACCGGACACUCGACAACUGAUACCGAUGACUUUUCCACGUCCGACGUGCUGGGGUACUCGCUUGAAGACCCAGAGCAGCCGAUGGGCGCGAUGCGAGAGACGUUCCUUCGGUCUCUACUGCGCAACUACCCCCAGGGUGCGAUAUUCAAUGUUGAUGAAAACGGAAGCAUAUCUUCAAGUGAAGGAAGCGACAGCUCUUCGGGAACCAGCGUCUCGCGAGAGAUCAUGUACCGCCGCCACGAAGCCCCCAAGGUCCAGCGGCGAUGGAAGCAGCAGAAACGUCAUCGGCUAACGCUGAAAGAGGAGAACAAAUGGUUAUUGAAGAUUUUCCCGUCCGCUCGCUGCAUCACGCUCUUCCCACUCUGGGAUUCCCGGCGCAAUCGGUGGUUUUCGGGCCUGUUCCUCUGGACCAAAUCGCCGCGCAGCUUCAGUCUCGGAGGCGAGCUGGCGUACCUCUAUGCUUUCUCAAACAGCAUCAUGGCCGAGAUUCAUCGCCUCGAUAUCGAACUGGCGAACCGCGCUCACGCCACUCUUGUCGGCAGCAUCUCGCAUGAACUGCGCAGCCCUCUCCACGGUAUCCUAGGUAGCACCGAGUUGCUCACUGACUCGGACUUGACGCCUGCGCAGACGGCGCUGGUCAACACUGUCGAGCAUUGCGGACGCUCGUUGCUGGACAUCAUUAACAACAUGCUUGAUUUUGCAAAGAUCAACCAGUUUGCGCGAAAGUCUCGCUCGUCGCGGUUCAAGCUCUCGCCACCUCAACGACGUCUGCAACGGUCGCUUAAGCCGGGGAAGACGAACGGAGUCGUCAACCUUAUCUCGGAUGUGCAGUUGGAUGCCGUUUUGGAGGAGGUUGCUGAGAGUGUCUUUGCUGGUCAUUGCUUUAGCUCCAAGAACCGCACCCUGGCGCAGGCGUCCAUGCCAACACUGGAUCAGGAGGGCGAAUUAAUCAUGGCCAGUCCGACCGAACGCCCGCUUUCAGCUUUCAACGAGUCUCUCACAAUCAUUUACGACGUGGCCCCUGAUAUCCUGUGGUUGUUUGAGACGCAAGCUGGAGCAUGGCGUCGCGUCCUGAUGAAUCUGUUUGGCAAUGCACUCAAGUACACCCAGUCUGGGUAUAUUCUGGUUUCGCUCAAGUCGUCCACACCGGCACCUACCAAAGGAAGAAGACUAUCGCGCGAUGAAAAUGUCGAUAUGGCGAGCGUGACCCUGUCGGUUAAGGAUACCGGUCAAGGUAUUGACAAGGAGUAUUUGCAGAGCAACGUCUUCAAGCCCUUUUCACAAGAGAAUCCUCUCUCACCCGGUAGCGGUCUAGGCCUCAGCAUCGUCCACCAAACCGUCAUUUCCCUCGGCGGCAAGAUCGAUAUCUCCUCUACCAAGGGCGCCGGGACCGAGGUCAAGGUCCGAGUUGAUCUCCCGCGGACACCGAACUCUGAGGAUACGAACAAUGACCAGAACCAGAACCAUCGAGCCGUGGCGGAGACACGAGAUCUUGUCCGCGGCAAAACCAUCGGCCUUGUCGGUUUUGGUACACCGUCAGAACACAACGAAGAAGCGCUCACUAUACUGCGAUCGGCCCUGUCGCGCAUGUACCAGGAUCAUUUCGAUAUGAAGGUUGGCGUUGCAUCUCCUGAAGAGCCAGGUUCAUUCGAUAUCUACGUCGUCCGACAAACAUACCUGGAUACUGCCGACGAGAUCUGUCGCAAGGUUGGCGCGGUCAAGGGCAAGCGCCCGGCUGUGCUGGUGAUUUGCUCAACUCCUCAGAUUGCGCAAAAGCUAUCCAGCACUUCUAGUGAGCGGCUUUCUCCUGCGAUCUACGAGUUCAUCAGUCAGCCUUGCGGUCCGUAUAAAACGGCCAACGCGCUCCGAGCGUGUGUCGAUCGUCAGGAGAAUCAGAGGCCGAGCUUGCCAUUGACCAACGGCGCUACCAAAGCAAACGGUUAUGCCAACAGCGAUGGUGCCACGAAUGGCAUAACAAACGGCGUCACAAACAGCGUUACAAACGGCAUCACAAACGGUGUUACAAACGCAAAAGAACCCCCGAACGGUCUUACCGAACUGAAAAUCGAGACGCUCAAAUCCGCUUUCCCUGUCGCGCUCUCCCCUAAAUCAUUAGCAAAGCAGAAUGGCGCCGUAACUACAGACGUUGACGUCCAGGUCAGCCCGACAUCAACGGUAACCACCAUCACGACAUCAGCCGUUGACGAGGGCGAUGGCGCUGUCACCGAAAUCUCAGCGACCCUCGAAGCCUCUCGGAUCGUCCCCUCGGUACUGCUGGUCGAUGACAAUUCGGUCAACCUGCAACUCCUGGUUGCCGUCAUGAAAAAGGCUAAACUUCCGUAUUUCACCGCGUGCAACGGUCUCGAAGCGCUCGAGGUCUACAAGGCGCACGCGAAAGAAAUCCACGUGAUUCUGAUGGACAUCUCCAUGCCGGUCAUGGACGGCCUCGAAUCGACGCGCGAGAUUCGGUUGUUUGAGAAGACGCAGCGCGAUAGCCCAAGCUUCAAGCCGGCGACGAUCAUCGCGCUCUCGGGGCUUGGAAGUGCCUCUGUCCGCCAGGAGGCGUUUAACUCGGGGCUUGACUUGUUUCUCUCGAAGCCGGUGCGGUUCCAGGAGUUGAUCAAGCAGCUGGGGGAGCUGAUGCGGUGA